GGGUGUCGCUGGCGGACGCCGCGCCGCGCCAGUCGAGCACGCGACGCGCGCCCUAGCACACGUGUCUCCAUCGAGACACCCACGCAUGACACCUCACGUAAUCCUUAUAACCAAACUUUAACGAACCCCUUACGCGCUCCAUUAAUUAUAACUUAGUUACUUAAUAAAAAAAAAACAAUAAACGUGAAUGUGACUGACUGAAGUGAAAAACCAAAAAAUCUAGGAUUGCGGUAUUAAGAUCCCACUAGGACUUUGGGACGAAACCUAUUAGCACGAUGUAUAAUGAACAUGACAAGUAAGGGUCGUUGUUAUCGCAACUUUGUGGGUCUCAUUGGAAACUGUCACUAGUUUUGAUUGCAUCGUCAGAGAGUAAACAAUGAAUGUUGUUGACAGAUAUCAGCUGAUCCGCGGUGGUCUUCCUGUCCUCGAGCGCGCACUGCCGCUAAAAGAGUCCUGAAUAAUUCAUCGGGAUAUUUAACCGCGUCCCGAAAGCCGGCCGUGCGUGCCGACACACUACACACGACUCCACUUAUAAUGUCGAAAAGAUUACUCGGAUCGCUCAUACACAACCCCAACAUGUUGUAACAAAUCGGAGCAAUGGAAACCAAUUCAAAGACGACCGAUUUGGAGAACGACCUCAUCCAAAAAUAGAGUGAAUUUUUAAUUAGGAAAAUGUAUGCAGUAUUCGUGGAACGACUCUAGUGAUUCUAUAGGUUUGAUCGAUUGUAAACUUGACAAUAGACAGUUCCUGGGGGUAAUGGAAUGGCGUAGCUAAUGUAUAGUGUAGUAUUAAAUUAAUUAACGCUGUGGAGCUUAAGUAAUAGUUGAUUGUUGGGUAAUGAAACAUUACUGUUAAAAUGUUGCCAAAGUAAGGUUAGGGGUAGAAGUAGGGGUGUUUUAUGAUGUGGGGGCGAAGUGUGUGCUCGAUGGAGUCGGUGCUGGUGUACGCGGUGCUGGCGGGGAUGUCUGCGGUGCUGGUGCGGGGGACGGGGGAGUGGAGCGAGGACGCGGAGGACUUGGUGUCGACGGUGGACGUGGACGCGGUGCUGGGUCGUACGGCGUCGCUCCCGUGUGAUGUCACGCCCGAUGCUAAUGAAGACAGGGUGUAUAUGGUGCUCUGGUUCCGGAAGAGCGGUGGGAAACCUAUUUAUAGUUUCGACGUCCGUGGGCGGUCGUUCAACAAGGCACUACAAUGGUCGGACCCGGGAGCGUUCGGUCCCCGGGCGUACUUCGCAACUGUCGCCCGGCCCGCAGCACUCACGCUGAGCUCCGUACAACUCGACGACGAAGGCGUCUACAGAUGCAGAGUAGACUUCAAAAACUCGCCCACAAGAAACUUCCAAAUCAGACUCACGGUAAUAGUGCCUCCGCAUCAGAUGCUGCUGUAUGACAAGUCUGGUGCUGAUGUGUCGGGCGUAGUGGGACCGUUGGAGGAAGGUGCAGCGUUGGUGCUGGUCUGUGAAGUACGGGGAGGCCGUCCAGAACCAACGGUGUCCUGGUGGAUAGACGGCACACCAGCCUCCCAGUACAUAGGAGUGAAGACUGAUACUCACGUGAUUGUCAACCGGCUGGAACUCCAGCAUUUGAAGAGAGAAGACCUCAACACCACGUUCAAGUGCAGAGCCUCGAAUACCAACUUGGUGCCACCACAGGAGAAAGUUGUUAGGCUGGAGAUGAAUUUGGUACCACUAUCAGUAUCAUUACUGAACCGGCCGCAGCAACUGUUGUCUGCGGCUGCAGCCACUCUUCGCUGCGUGUCGGAAGGCAGCAGACCACCAGCUCACAUCGUCUGGUACAAGGAUAAUAGAAGUUUCGAUAAGAAUAUGGUAACCGACCACUCCAACGAGACCUGGUCAGUUAGUACAUUGGUAUUCAGCCCCAGUCCCAUCGACAAUGGUGCCACGAUAAAGUGCGUGGCUGCCAACCCCAGUCUUCCUACUAAAUCUAUUGAUGAUCAGCUGCAAUUGAAUGUUGUAUACAGUCCCCUUGUGUCUCUGACGCUUGGCAGCACUCUCAACCCUCACGACAUCAAGGAAGGGGAUGACGUCUACUUCGAGUGCAACGUUCGCGCCAACCCAAGGGAACAUCGCAUAUCCUGGUUCCACAACGAUAGGCCAGUGAGUCAAAACAUGACUUCGGGUAUCAUCGUGAGCACUCGGUCGCUCGUACUACAGAAGGUGACGAGGAGAGAAGCCGGGAGCUACUCUUGUAAAGCCGCCAACGCGAGAGGCGAGACCUCCAGUAAAGUCGUCAACUUGAGGGUACAAUAUGCCCCAGUCUGUGGAGAGACAUCACCUCAAGUGGUAGGCGCGGCACUGGACGAAGCCUUACGGGUCCGAUGCUCGGUGCACGCCGACCCCGCUGACGUCACAUUCCUGUGGCAGUUCAACAACAGUGGAGAGAGUUUCAAUGUCUCUCCUGCUAGAUACGGUACAGUGAACGGCAGUAUAAGCGAGCUCCGAUAUACUCCAGCAAGUGAACGCGACUAUGGUGCGUUGACAUGUCGCGGUACCAAUACCGUGGGUCGGCAAGCGCAGCCGUGUGUCUUCCAAAUUGUUCCUGCUGCCCGUCCAUCACCCCCACGGAACUGCACGGUCUCUUCAGGCAAUUCUUCCAACUGGAUCGAGGACUCUAGCCGCGAGGACUUCGGAGAGCCUCUGGUCGUGCGUUGUGUCACUGGCUAUGAUGGGGGACUGCCGCAACUGGUGGUGUUAGAAGCUUUGGACUCUAAUAACGGGAAGAUAAGGUUCAAUGUUACUGCUAAUGAGACUGACGGUGUUGCCAUAUUCCUAGUACCGGCCGGGGUACUUUGGUCGACCGGCAGUGCGCUUAGAUUAACUGUGCACUCGAGGAACGAUAAAGGCGCUUCAGACCGCAUCAUGCUACAUGCUCUCGCGUAUCAAGACCCUGAACGGAGGACUGAUGGUGGCAGUAGUCUGAUGGCCGGCGUCUCCAAAGCAGCAUUCUGGUCUAUAAUCUUCACAGUCAUCAUCUGUGGUUGCGCCGCCAUAUUCACUGGAUACUUCCUACGAAGAAAAAGGAGUAAUCCGCCAACAAAACAACAGUCGUCAGAGUUACAACUAAACGCGGGGGACGGGCAGUACGUCGUCGCGUACACGCUCAAGCCGCCCAAGCAAGCGCAGCCGGACAUAUUGAAUCCGCCUCCAGGUGAGUUUUAGCAGAAAUGUGUUUAUUGAAGUAGCCUACAGUCGUCAGAGCUGCAACUAAACGCGGGGGACGGGCAGUACGUCGUCGCGUACACGCUCAAGCCGCCCAAGCAAGCGCAGCCGGACAUAUUGAAUCCGCCUCCAGGUGAGUUUUAGCAGAAAUGUGUUUAUUGAAGUCGCCUACAGUCGUCAGAGCUGCAACUAAACGCGGGGGACGGGCAGUACGUCGUCGCGUACACGCUCAAGCCGCCCAAGCAAGCGCAGCCGGACAUAUUGAAUCCGCCUCCAGGUGAGUUUUAGCAGAAAUGUGUUUAUUGAAGUCGCCUACAGUCGUCAGAGCUGCAACUAAACGCGGGGGACGGGCAGUACGUCGUCGCGUACACGCUCAAGCCGCCAAGCAAGCGCAGCCGGACAUAUUGAAUCCGCCUCCAGGUGAGUUUUAGCAGAAAUGUGUUUAUUGAAGUCGCCUACAGUCGUCAGAGCUGCAACUAA